GAAUGAAGUCAUGUGACUUCCUACCAAACUCAGAUCUCUUCCUGAUACAGUAUGAAGACUCAUCUAAGCACGAUGCAAUCUUAACAUACAGUAGGGGAAAAGCAAAUGUUUGGAUGGAAGAGAAGUUUUAUUCUGGCUAAAAGAUCAUCUGAGGAAUAAGUAAAGAGAAUGUGAACAGGAUCAUGUCUACCACUGACAACACAGAGUCUGCUCUUCACAAUCCUGUUCGCAGGAGAAGACGCAGCAAAGACCUUGAACCUCCUGACAUGAGUAUUAUUCUGCUGGGUAAAGAUGUGUCAACAAACAGUCGAGUGGGAAACUUCAUAUUAGGAAGAUCAGCGUUUGAUCCUCCAGAUGAUCAUCAGAUUAAGAGUGUCAGAGAAAAAGACAUGAUGAUCAUCAACUGUCCUCAUCUGCUCCAGCUGAACCUCUCAUAUCAUCAGAUCAUACAGACAGUGAGAGAGUGUGUGAAUCUGUCUCAUCCAGGACCUCAUCUCAUCCUUCUCAUCUUUAAACAUGAUGAGUGUUCAAGAGAAGAUCAAGAGCAUGUGGAGAUGAUCCUCAACUAUUUCUCUGAUAGUGUUUAUCAACACACACUGGUGCUCACAACACACGACUCACAUAGUGAAGUCAAUGACAACAUAAAGAAAAUUAUUAAAAAAUGCUUCAACAGACACUUUAAACUGGAGAGAAACAGCACUGCUGCUCAGCUCAUAGAGACAUUACGAGACAUUGUCAAAUCAAAUGAUGGACGUUAUCUGAUUUAUGAUAAAUAUGAAGAUGCACAGAGUUUCACAAUGAAGCAGCAGACAGAUGAAAGAGAUCCUCCAGAGAUGAGAGACAAUGUAAGGAUUGUGCUGCUGGGUAAAACUGGAGUUGGGAAGAGUUCUACAGGAAACACAAUCUUAAACAGACAAGCGUUUAAAUCAGACUUAUCUCAAGAGUCAGUGACUAAAGAGUGUCAGAAACAAACAGCUGAAGUCAACAACAGAUUGAUCACUGUGAUCGACACUCCAGGACUGUUUGAUACUGAAUGCAGUCAUGAAGAGAUCAAGAGAGAAAUAAUGAACUGUAUCUCAAUGAUUCUGCCAGGACCUCAUGUGUUUAUUUUUGUGUUGAGUUUAACACAACGGUUCACUGAAGAGGAGUCAAGAUCAGUGAAGAUCAUUCAAGAGAUGUUUGGUGAAAACUCUUUAAUGUACACAAUGGUGCUCUUCACAAGAGGAGAUCAACUGAGAAACAAAACUAUUGAAGAGUGUUUGGGAAAACCAGGAUCUGUGAUUAGAAACCUGCUAGAAGAGUGUGGAAACAGAUAUCAUGUGUUCAAUAAUACUCAAACUGAAGAUCAAACACAAGUUUCUCUUCUACUGGAGAAAAUAGAUAACAUGGUGAAAGCAAACGGAGGAAGUUACUUCUCAUCUAAAAUAUUCAGAGAGAUGCAACAAGAAAAACAGCAACAACAAAUAAAGAAACUGAUGGAGAGAAUUGAACAACUGAGCCGAGAAAAGGAUAGAAUAGAAAAAGAGAAACAAAAUCAACUAGAAAAGUCUGAGAAGAGAAUACAAGAGGAGCAAAACAUGAGAGAAGAGCAACAAAAGAGAUUUGAACAUAAACUAAAACUCAUGAAAGAAGAGAAUGAAGAUGAAAUAAAGAGAAGAAUUGCAGAGUGUAGAGAGGAAUUUGAAAGGGGGAAAGAAGAGAGGAAGAAGAUCUGGCCUCAAUCACAACACACUUUACAGGUAGAAAACAAGGAUUUUGAAGGGGCAGAAGAUAAAUCACAUCUUUAUGUACGAGUGGAAAAGACUGAAAAAAUAAGAAAACUCUUUUUCAAACUUUUUCUUAUGAAAAACUUAAACAGUCUGAGAGGUGCAGAUUUUCUUCAGAUAUCUCUACAUUCAUUACAGUCCCAUGAGUUUUGUACUGAAGAAGAGCUUGUGAAGAAUUAUCUACAGAAACUACUCAUGAUGAACUACAGAGCAAGAUACAUUAAAACUAAAGAGACCAAUGAACAUCAUCACAGAGAACAAAGAGACAAUGAUACAUCUGAAGAUGAGGGGGAUAUUUUUGCUGACAUGUCUUUCUUUAAUGAAGUAACAAGUAAAGACCCUAUUCACCCGAUGGAUGUUCAGAUGGCUGUGUUUCAUUAUGCUGAUAGUUUACUAAAGCAGCUGAUGGUCACUAAACUCUCACAGUGUCAGUUUGCUCUUCCUCUUCUUGUUCCUCAACCAUUCACACAAGAGAUUCAGUUUCCUCUCUGGACAUUCAGACAAAUCAACAAGAGCUGGAAGAUGAAAAAUACUAACAAUGAAAUCAUCAGUAAAGAAGAGCCAGUCUACAAAGCAGAAACUCCAAUGGUGUCAUUCUUCAGGUUUGGUUCUGUGUCUUCAUCCAAGUCUCAGCUGAUGAACAAUCUGAUCAAUGAGAAACACAACACGUUCUUCCACAGAAACUGUCCAGGCAGCAGCAGAACCAGACUACUGAUGGAUGGAGUGGUGGAGAUCACCUGGUACUGUUCAUCUGGAAAAGACACAGAUAAAUUUACUGACUGUGUUGCCUUCUGUAAUCUGCAUGGUGAUGCAGGAGUCCAUGAGAAACAACUGCAGAUUCUGACUCAAAUGUCUUCAGUCAAUGUUGCUCUUCUGUCACAGCUUGAUGAAAAUGACAAAAACGCAACAAAGAUUCAAAAGCUGUACAAAGACAAAAAGCCACUUAUUUGCCUUUUUACUGAAGAUAAAUGUAAUGUUACUGAGAGACGAAAAGGAAAAUAUAAAAUUGGCCUCAAAGACAGAAAUCAGUCUGAUGUAUCUGAAGAACUCAGAAGAGCUAUAAAUGAUUGUCUCUCAUCUUCAGCAUCAGCUUCCAUGUUCAGACUUGAAGAUUUGUCCAAACACUCAGAUAUCAGAGUAGAUGAGGAAGAUGAUGAAGACUGCAGGAGAGGAAGAGAAGCAGCACAGCAGAUGAUGAGUUUACUGAAGAAAAAAGAUCUGACAGAAAUCAAAGAAUUAUUUCUGCCCUGUCAGGGUGAACUCUGGCAUCAGUGGUGUCAGAAGAACAAAGAACUUCAUCGACCUCAAGGAGAUGACAUACAAGAAGAAAUAAGCAGAAAACAAACAGAAAUGAAGAAAAUUCGUAAACAGCAACAUGAAAUUCACAUGAGUGAGUUUAUAAAGAUCUUUAUUAAACAAAUGGUCUCACAUGAAGAAAAUUUUAAUAUAUAUUUUCUAAAAUGGCUCAGAAUCCUCCUAAAUGAAUUUACAUCAGUUGAUCUUUCUGAUCCACAUCGCAAGUAUGAUGAAAAGUUGUCAACAGUCUUCAAACUAAAAGAGAAAGAUAACUCUGAACAAUUAAAAGCUGAAAAAACAGAACUUAAGAAUAUAUCAGGAGAACUUCAAGGAGCAACUUUUGGUUUGGAGCACAUCAUAAGAGAGAUCGGUCAGAUCUAUGAAUCAUGUUCAUCUGUGAAGAAGAAUAAGACAGAUCUGCAGUGUGACUUCUCUUCUCUCCCGAGUCUUGCAGCAGAGAUGAUGAUCUGUGGAUUUCCACUGGAGCUGAUGGAUGGAGAUGCUGCUCAUGUUCCUCUGAUCUGGAUCACUGCUGUUCUAGAUAAACUCAUACAGAAACUGGGAGACCAGAGAGUCUUUGUGCUGUCAGUUUUAGGACUUCAGAGCACUGGGAAAUCCACCAUGCUGAAUGCCAUGUUUGGACUUCAGUUUGCAGUCAGUGCUGGACGAUGCACCAGAGGAGCUUUCAUGCAGCUGAUCAGAGUAUCAGAGGAGAUGAAAGAUCAGAUGAAGUUUGAUUAUAUUCUGGUUGUUGAAACUAAGGGUCUAGAAUCAGAUGUAAGAUCCACAAGACAUCAUGACAAUGAAUUGGCCACAUUUGCUGUGGGUCUUGGACAACUAACAUUGAUCAACAUCUUUGGAGAAACUCCAUUUGAGAUGCAGGAUAUUCUUCAGAUUGUUGUUCAGGCCUUUCUGUGGAUGAAGAAGGUCAAACUGAAUCCCAGCUGUAUGUUUGUACAUCAGAACGUUUCAGACGUCACAGCUGGAGAGAAAAACAUGGAGGGAAGGAGGUGCCUACAGGAGACACUGGAUGAGAUGACAAAACUCACUGCCAAAGAGGAAGUUUGUGAUGCAGAAUGUUUCAGUGAUGUCAUUAAUUUUGAUGUACAGAAUGAUGUGAAGUAUUUUGCUCAGCUGUGGGAGGGAAGCCUGCCAAUGGCACCACCAAACCCAAACUACUGUGAAAAUAUUCAAGAAUUGAGGGAAACAAUAAUUUCCCAUGCCUCAAAAUCAGAUGGUAUGAGGCUGACACAUCUACGUGAACGAAUUAAUGAUCUCUGGGAGGCUUUACUGAAUGAACAAUUUGUGUUCAGCUUCAGAAAUUCACUGGAGAUUUCAGUAUACAGGAGACUGGAGACAGAAUACAGCAAGUGGACCUGGACUCUACGCAGUGCUAUGCUGGAUAUUGAGAACAAAAUACACAACAAAACAGAAAAUGAAGCAAUUAAUAAUGAGAUUGAGGAACAAGAUGUUCAGGGAGAACUGAAGGAGAAAAGCGAGGAAGUGAAAAACUCAAUGUCAGAAUUCUUUGAAAGAGACCCAGAUAAAGGUAUACUGAUUCAGUGGAAAACUUCAUUUGAAUUAAAAAUCAAAGACCUUGAGGAGAACAUUGUGAGAGAAACUAAGAGGAAAUUAAAUGAAAAUCUUCCGCAGCGAGACCUGAAGAGAAAGAUUGAUGCUCAGAGGACACAACAUGAAAACACUCUCUUAGAAAAGAGUAAAGAACUUGCAUUAAAACUCAAAGACAAAACAAAUGACGAAGACAUACUGAAGCAAGAGUUUGAUUUGUUUUGGGAAGAGCGUGUGAAAAAGAUCAUCACAGAUAAUCCAAUUAAAGACAUUGACAUACUGGAAGAUGUGAGAAUAGUCUUGAGUGAAAUGAAUAAAAGUGUCUCUGUAGAACACAUAAAUGAGACCACUGAUAUUUUCUCUGUUACAAGCUAUUUAGAUUAUCUAAUGGUAAAGAAAUCCAGUGGAAUUACAGGACAGGUAAAAAAUGUGUACAAAGCAGCAAAAGAGAAGCUUGGUUACACUCCAUCUAAAGAUGAUGAAAUCCAAAUAACAAACUUGAUCACAGAUGUUGUUCAGCAAACAGACACAAUGAUCAAGUCAUUUAAUAUUUCAAAGUUGGGAUACAACAUCAGUUACAUUCAACAACUUACAGAUUACAUUAAGAAAAGAAUAACAGAACAUGAAGAAGAGUCAGUGAAUUAUGUGUUCAAGAAUAAAUUCUUCAUAGAUUUGGUAUUUUCUAUAUUUAAGAAAGCAGAAAAGACAUUCAAUGAUCAACACAGAAUGUUCAUAAAAGUCAAUGAUCCUGUUCUAUAUUUGGAAAACAAGAAAGGAGAAUACUAUAGUAUUUUUCAGAAAUACUGCCAAGGAGCGCCAUCAGCUGCUAUUUUUGGUGAGAUCAUCUGUCAGAAACUGAAGAGACCCAUUGAACAGAGUGUCUAUAAACAGACUGCCAGAGAUUUAGCAGAUGAAAUCAGAUCAAACUGUCCAGCACUGAAUGGAAACAGAUCAAAUCUGGAGAAACACAUCAUGAAGAGACUGGCAGAAGAGGAGAACUUUUCAGCAUUCAAUGGCUACAUUCAGAAUCCCAGAGAUCACUUCAAGAGUUUCAUCAGAGAUGAAGUCCAUCAGUACAUCAGAGAUCAGUUCAGUAUCAGAGUUAAACCCAAGAUGAAUCAGAACAUUAAAGUUCUGCAGAAGAAGAUCCUGACAGCAGCUCAUGAAUCUACUGAAGAUGUUCAAGUGAAGAGUGGAGAUGUUGAUUUGUGGUUGAAGUUUUUCACACAGAAGAUCUCAGAUGUUCUGAUAUUCUCUGUGAAGGACUUCAGUGGAGUCAAACAUGAUGAUCUAAAUGAUUUUAAACUCCUAGAAGAUGUGAUAAGAACAGAACUUCUAUCUAUAACAUCUGACAUUAGCAAAAAGUUCAGCACAGAUACAUUUAACAACAAACUGGAUCUUAACAACAGACCAGAUGAGAUUCUGAUUCGUCACUUCUGUCGGUGCUGUUGGGUUCAGUGUCCGUUUUGUGCAGCCAUCUGCACCAACACAAUAGAGAAUCAUGAUGGAGAUCACAGUGUUCCUUUUCAUAGAGUGAAUGGAAUUAAUGGAUUCUUUGAUGACAAAACAAAGACUCUCUCUACAGAUUUUUGCUCAACUGCAGUAAAAGGUUGUAAAAGUUUUAAAUUAUCUGAUGAGUGGAUUCCAUUUAAUGACUACAGAAAAGCAGGAGGAGAUUAUGCCAAGUGGAGCAUCACCCCUGACUCCUCUGAGAUGCCCUACUGGAAGUGGUCUGUGUGCAGAUUCCAGAAAGCUCUUGAGGAGUAUCAUGAGAAAACAUUCCAGAACAAGAUUCCAGAUGAAUGGCAGAAAUACACAAAAGAGGACGCAAUUGAGAGUUUAGAUAAAUACGACAUCCCAAAACGUUCAUUGAGUGACUUCUAAAUAUGUGUUGUGAUAUUUUAUGUGAAAUCAGGUUGACAGUACUUACUUUUACAUCACAGAGAUAGUUUGGCAGUUUGUUAAAGGAACAGAAGGGAACUAAAGAUCUUUGAGCGCUGUACAUCUUGUACAGAGGAAAAGAUCAAAGUAUGAAAGAAAUGAAACAUUAUUUAAAUACAUUUAUAAGGAUUGACAGUGAUUUGGCAUGAUAUUUUACUUAAAUAUAAAAAUUUGUUCUCUGAAAUGACACAUAAAAGGACCAGAACAUAUUAUUAGUUAAUGUAUAUACUUACAAAGGUGAAGAAAACAGUGAAGCGAUAAUCAGUGGGAAUUAAAAAUAUCAAAGCGUUUCAGCAUUUUAGUGACAAAUCCAAUUUAGGGAGACAGAAAAGAUUUGAUUUUAUUAGGUGGAUAUUUAGUUCACCUGCACGUAGUAGAACUGUGCAGAGAGAGGGAAAGAGCGAACGAAGGAGGAGAUUAGUAAAGAGGAGAGAUGCCGGAUUAAUCGUCACUGGGAAUUAUUUAAGAUCUAAAAGUGAUUGACAGGACUGAAACUUUAAGCUUCUACUGAACCUACGUUUAAAACUUCUUUGCUCACGUAAGAGAAGGUUUUAAGAGUUUUUUUAGAUUAAUGUAAGCAAUAUGUUAUGCAUGUGCAUGUGUGCAAUUUGUUUGAUUUUCAUAUUGUAACAGUUCUAUGUUGAAUUCACUGUUAAUGUAGUUCUUCUCCUUAACACUAGGGGGCUAUGUCCUCCAGUAUUAUGGUAAGAGCUCCAACAUAAGAAAGGAAAGAGUUUCUUAAGACAAAGGCAGGAGCCGUUUCUCAAUGUCAAGGAUACUUCCUUGGCAGGACCGCAGGACUAGUCCUUACAAGUCACUUCUUUCAGAGGCUAGGCGAGGCUCGUCUUAAGCAUUCGUAGAACACGUUAAAUGGAACAGGCUAGCAAGUGCACGUCAUUGCGUGAUUGAAAGGUGUGCUUUCGGUGAUGCGCGCAUAGGAUUGUCUGUGAUUUCAGCGCGUGAAGAGCGCAAAGGAUACACAUACACAUCCAUUCCUGACUGUAUUUGGGAUAUUUCUCGAACGAAGGACUCAGUCCUUGGCUGAAAUUUUGAGGAUCCUCGACAUUGGAUCAGUCCUUCGACGGACGUCGAUGACGUAGCAUCCUCGAAAUUCUGGCUUCCGAGGAUCCUUCCUUGACAUUGAGAAACGGCUAGGAUGUUUGAAAUGUGACUGACUGUUUGUAUCCUUUGUUAGGCCAGAGAUGGGAAAAUAUUUAUUUUAUUGAAUCUCUGAGCCUCAUGUUAAAUAUAUGUCAAAAAGGUCUUGAGUCAAGGUACUCUAUUAAACUGUAUAUGAUAAGUUCAACCACUAAAUGCGUGUGGGAAAAGCCAUUGGAUUACAUGCAGACAGACAGACUGUGGAAUAUUCAUUUACUGAUUAAUUUGACCAUCGCCAAGAUUGGAACAUUUGGGACAGAAUUGUAGGCAACGUCCAAACAACGCUGGAAACACAGGUUUUUGGAGAAUGCAUUGCAUAGACUGCUUGAAGUGACUGAUUUAUACAUAAUAUGGUGAAGGGGUGAAAUGGUUGUGUAUGUGUGGAGGUUCCUUUCUUGUAUACACUUUGAUACUUUAAUAUAUUGGCAUCAAAAACUCAAUGGAUUGUAUCCCAUAUUUUUAUUGUGUCUUUUCUUAAACUGAAGUUUACAAGAGAUGUUACAAUAUAUCCAGCAAGUUUGGGGUAAGGGUUACAAGGGAAAUAAUGGAUUUAAUGAAAUGUUAAUGUAUUAAACUGUGUCCUAUCUGCUGUGUUAGUGAUUAGGUUCUAAAAUGUUCAUUUGAUCAUUUUGAAGGGGUGUUUUAAAUGACUUGUUCGUUGGUUACUGGGGCACCACAGGGAUGUGUACUAUCACCCAUCCUUUACACACUAUAUACAAAUGAUUGCCAAGCAUCCUCCUCAGCUCACACCUUUUUUAAGUAGGCUGAUGACACAGCACUGGUGGGCUUCUUGCAUCCUGAUACCCCAUCUGUAGAAGGCUUUGAAAGGGAGGUUCAAGGUUUUAUUAAGUGGUGCACAGAUAAUUUUCUACAGGUCAAUGUAAAGAAAACUAAAGAAAUGUUAAUAGAUUUUAGUAAAAAAGGGUUACGUGUCUCUUCAUCUGAGAUUAAUGGUGAACAGAUAGAGCGGGUCUCAUCUUAUAAAUAUUUGGGAAUUGCAAUUUCUUUUUUAGGUAUUGGAAAGUUUUUUAUCUAUAAUCUUAUCUAUUUAUUCUUUAUUUAUUUUAUAGCUUUUUCAUGAAAUGUCUUUGUGAUGUUUGUAAUGUUGUAUAUUUAUUGUUUGUUUGCUUAUGUUUUGUGAGACUUGCAAUAUUGACCACACGAAUUUCCCCUUGGGGAUAAUAAAGUUUACCUUGACCUAAAAACAUUUUAACAAAUUCUUUAUGAGGCCAGUGUGAUUUAGUAUGCUGUUUCUUCAUGUCCAUAUGUCCAACAAUAGUACAUAUUUGUAAUUCUUUUUGCUCACAUUGUCAGGGUAGGGAUAUAGAUUCCCAAACAAGCUAAGAACUCUAAACACCUUAACCUUAAAGAACACAUUAUAGACAGUUUCAUCGGGCGCAUGUUCUGUGACGCGAUAAUCGCCUGGUCCAAACUUUACUUACAGUUUCUGUUUGUUUAUUGGUCUGACUAGUUGCUGAAACGGAAACUCUUAAACA